AUGUGUGUGUGUGGUAUGGGAUUGUUGGGGAGGGUGUUUAUUGGGUGGUGUGGUUAUGGAUGUGGUGGUGGGUUAUGGUUGUGUUGUUUGGUGUGGGGGUAUUUGUGUGGUUGUUAUGUUGUUUGGUGUGUUGGGGUGGGGUGUAGGUGGUUGUGGGGGGUGGGGUUGGGGUAUGGGGGGGGGGUGGGGUGGGGGGGUUGGUUGGGGGUGUUGUGGGGUUUUGUGGGGGUUUGGGGUGGGGGGGGGGGGUGGGGGUGGGGGGUGGUUGUGGGGGGGUGGGGGGUGUGGGUGGGGGGGUGGUGGGGGUGGGGUGGUGGGGGGGGGGGGGGGGUGGGGUGGGGGUGGGGGGGUGGGGUUUGGUGGGGGGGUGUGGUGUGUGGGUUGUGGGGGGGUGGUGGGGGGGGGGGGGUGGGGGGGGGGGUGGGGGUGGGUGGGGGUGGUGGGGGGGUGUGGGGGGUGGUGGGGGGGGUUGUGGGGGGGGGGUGGGUGGGGGGGGUUGGGGGUGGGGGGGGUGGUGGGGGGGGGUUGGGUGGGGGGGUGUGUUGGGGGGGGGUGUUGGGGUGGGGGGGGGGGGGGUUGGGUGGGGGUGGUGGGGGGGUGGGGGGGUGGGGGGGGGGGGGGGUGGGGUGGGGGUGGGGUGGGUGGGGGGUGGGGGGGGGGGUUGGGGGGGGGGGGGUGGGGGAGGGUUGGGGGGUGGGGGGGGGGUGGGGGGGUGUUGGGGGGGGUGUUGUGUGUGGUGGGGGGGUGGUUGGGGGGGGGGGGGGGGGGUGGGGGGGGUGGGGGGGGGGGGGGGGGGUGGGUGGGGGGGUGGGGUGGGUGGGGGGGGGGUGGGGGGGUGGGUGGGGGGUGUGGGGGUGGGUGUGGGGGGGUGGGGUGGGGGUGGGGGUGGGGGGUGGGGGUGUGGGGGGGUGGGUGUGGUGUGGUUGGGUGGGGUGGGGGUGUGGGGGGGGGGGGGUGGGGGGGGGGUGGGGGUGGGGGUUGGGGGGGUGGGGUGUGUGGGGGUGGGGGGUGUGGGUGGGGGGGGGGGGGGGGGGGGGGGUUUGGGGUGUGGGGGGGGGGUGUGGGGUGGUGGGGGGGUUGGGUGUGGGGGGGUGUGUGGUGUGGUGUGGUGUGGGUGUGUGUUUUGUUUUUGUGGGGGGGGGUGGGUUGUUUUGUUUUUUGGGGGGGUGGGGUGUGGGGUGGGGUGGGGUGGUGGGGGGGUGUUGGUUGUGGGGUGUUUGGGGUGUGGGUGUUGGGGUGGGGGGGGGUGGGGGGGGGGGGUGGGUGGGGUGGUGGGGGGGUUGGUGGGGGUGGUGGGGUGGGGGUGGGUGGGGGGGUUUGUGGGGGUGUGGGGGGGUGGUGGGGGUGGUGGGGGGGGUGGUGGGGGGGGGGUUGUGGGGGGGGGGGGGGGGUGGGGGUUGUGGGGGGUGGUGGGGGGGUGGUGGGGGGGGGGGUGGGGGUGGUGGGGGGGUUGGUGGGGGGGUGGGGGGGGUGUGGGGGGGGUGGGGGGUUGUGGGGGGGGGGGUGGGGGGGGGGGGGUGGUGGGGGGGUGUGUGGGGGGGUGGGGGGGGUGGGGGGGGUGUGGGGGGGUGUGUGGGGGGUAGGGGUGGGGGGGGUGGGGGGGGGGUGGUGGGGGGUGUGGGGGGGUGGGGGGGGGUUGUUGGGGGGUGGUGGGGGGGUGGGGGGGGGGGUUUUGGGGGGGGGGUUGUGGGGGGGGUGGUGGGGGGGUGUUGGUGGGGGGUUUUGUGUUGGGUGGGUGGUGGGGGGGUGGUGGGUGGUGGGGGGGUGGGUGGGUUGGGGGGGGGGGGGGGGGGGGGGGGUGGGGGGGGUUUUGGGGGGGUGGGUGGGGGGGUGGGGGGGGGGGGGGGGGGGGGGUGGUGUGGGGGUUGUGGUGGUGGGGGGGUUGUGGUGGGGUGGUUGGGGGUGUUGUUUGGGUGGGGUGGUUGGGUUGGUGGGUGUUGGUGGGUGGGUGUUGGGGUGGGGGUUGGUGUUGGGUGUGGGGGGGUGUGGUGUUGUUGGGUGUGUGGUUGGGGGGUUUGGUGGUUUGUGGUGGGGGUUUGGGUGGGUGGGGGGGGGGGGGUGUGUGGGGUGGGGUUUGGUGUGGGGGUUGUGGUUUGUGGGGGGGGGGGGGUGGGGGGGGGUGUCUUGGUUGUGUUUGGGGGGGGGUGUUGGGGUGUGGGGGGGGGGGUGUGUUGGUGGGGUGUGGUGUGGGUGUGUGUGGGGUUUGGGGGUGUGGUGGUGUGGGGGGUGUGGGGGUGGGGUGGGUGUGGGGGGGUGGGUGGGGGUGUUUUGGUUGUUGUGUGUGGGUUGGGGGGUGGGUGUGGGUGGGGGGGGUGGUUGGUGGUGGUUGUGGGUGUGGUGGGGGGUUGUGGUGUGUGUUGGGGUGUGUGGGGUGGUGGGUUUGUUGUUUGUGUGGGGGGGGGGUGUGUGGGGGGGGGUUUGGGGUUUGGGUUGGGUGUUGGGGGGGUUUGGGUGGGGUGGGUUUUGGUGUGUGGGUGGGGGUGGUUGUUGAUGGGUGGGGGGGGUGGGGGUGGGUUGUGGUGGGGUUUGGGUGGGGUGGUUGGGGGGGGGUUGGUGGGGGGGGUGUUGGGGGGUUUGUUGUGUUGGGGGGUUGGGGGUGGUGGGGGGGGGUGGGGGGUGGGUGGGGGGUUGUGGUGGGGGUGGGGUGGGGGGGGGGUGGGGGGUGGGGGGGGUGUGGUUUGGGGGUGUGGUGGUGUUUGGGGGGGGUGUGGGGGGGGGGGGGGGGGGUUGUGGGGGGGGGGGGGGGUGGUUGGGGGGGGGGGGGGGGGUGGGGGGGUUGUGGGGGUUGUGGUGGGGGGGUGGGUGGGGGGGGGGGGGGGGGGGGGGGUGGUGUGGUGGGGGUGUGGUGGUGUGGGGGGGGGGUGGGGGGGUGGGGGGUGGGGGGGGGGGGGGGUUGGGGGGGGGGGGGGGGGGGUGGGGGGGGGGGGGUGGGGGUUGGGUGGGGGGGGGGGUGGGGGGGGGUUGGGGGGGGGGGUGGGGUUGGUGUUGGGUGUUGUGGGUGUGGGUGGUGUGUGGGGUGGGGGGGGGGGUUGGGGGGGGGGGGGGGUGGGGGUUGGGGGGGGGGGGGGGGGGGGGGGGGGGGGGGGGGGGGGGGGGGGGGGGGGGGGGGGGGGGGGGGGUGGGGGGGGGGGGGGUGGGGGGGGGGGGGGGGGGGGGGGGGGGGGGUGGUGUUGGGGGGUGGGGGGUGGGGGGGUGGGGUUGUUUUUUGUGGUGGGGUUGUUGUUGUUUGGGUGUGGUUUGUUUGGUGGUGGGGUUGUGUGGUGUUUGGUGUUGUGGGGGAAAAGAAAUGGGGGAAAGAGGUAG